AUGACGGACAAACUCAGCAUUUCUCGAAACAAUCUCCUUUUCCUGAAUCCGGAACUCUUCCAGAACUGCACAAAUCUUCUGGCCGACACCUACUACUGCGUGCAACCGGUGGGGUAUAUUGCGACGUACUCAGGCUACAGAGAGUCGUCAACUUCCACAGUGCCGUUUGACGAAACCUCUUCAACCUCGCUACCUAGCCAACCUCCAAUGAUCGAACUCAGCGCCACUGGAACCGGUGUCACGACGCCGUACCCUGUUCAGACGGGUAUGGUUGCUACGUGUGACGAGUUUUACAAGGUCAUCGCAGACGAUUCGUCCGUCGAUAUUGCCAAUGCAAACGGAAUUCCAGUGGCUUCUUUCUACACCUGGAACCCGGCCGUGGAGACCGACUGCUCGGGCUUACAAGCGAUAUACGAUUGGACAUGUCUUGAUACGUAUUGA